AUGGCUGCCUUGCAAAUAUUAAUGGAAUAUAAAAGCUGCUGUUGCCAUCACAAACUUUUGGAGAUUAUGCAGUUGAUCAACAAAUUGGAACAAAAUAUGCUCGAGAUAUGCCCUGUCAUGUUUAAGGAUCAAAAGCUAAGGAAACGCUUAAUGCUAACAACUGGUCUAUGUUUAUUUAUUAUGGUUUCUUUCUUAAUCUAUUUGCAUUAUAUUCUUGUGGCUACCGACUUGCCGCAAAUACAUAAAUUACUUGUUGUGUUCUUUUCGAUGACCGUGCAAAUGAAGUUUCUAGAAUAUGGAAUAUAUGUGCAACUGAUAUUUGAGUAUUUGCUAAUGCUAAUGAAGAGCUUAGAGUGUCUCAAGGGAAAGGUGGAAAAUGAAGAUAGGCAGGAGCCUUUAGCUGGUUAUUAUCAGCAAACUCUGAGGAAAAAUCAAGUGUCUUUAUUGGAAGUUUGGUUUUUGGUUUAUAAACUGGAACAAUAUUUUGCCUGGCCCAUUUUGCUACUCUUUUUUCAUAAUGGUAUUGUCAUUUUGUGUACGGUGAGCUGGGCCUAUGUACACUGUUUAUACGAAACCGACUCAGUAUAUCAAAUAAUACGUUUAGUAUAUAUCUGUAUGAUUUUGUUCAACAUGUUGCUGUUAUGCUAUUUAACCCAAAAGUGCAUAAAUGAGUAUCAAAAAUUUUCCCAUUUACUGCUCAACUUUAAACUCUACCCCCAUGAUGUGCAAAUGAGAAUGAUCGUUAGGGAAUAUUCCUUGCAAUUGAUGCAUCAACGCAUAAAAUAUACUUGUAAUGGUUAUAUGGAUAUUGAUCUUGGUUAUUUUGGAAAGUUGGCUGAGUACAAAGUAGUUAGUAAAGGCGUCAAGAAUAGCAAUGAAAAUUCCAACAAUAUGCAAAAUACAGCUUUACAAUAUUACGACAGCGAUUGCAGCAAAAUCUCCAUUUAA